AUGGCUAAUCCAACAACACAUGAUAAUUCCAUGGACGACAAUACAAACGCAACAUCACAGAAAUUUACCAGUAAUUCCAAACGAAAGAGUAAGCGUAAUAAACAAAGAUACAAAAACAAGAGCCAGCAUUUCAACAAACCUACUGAAUCACUGCAAAAGUCGCCCGAGUCUUCAAUAAUGGCAGAUGACGAUGUUACAGAUCACCAGGCACAGCAACAAAUUAUAGACAAAGACAAUAACACAAGCCAUAAUAUGACAACUGUGACCCCUCCACCUCCACCUCCACCCCCACAACAUGCUCAGGAAGCCAAUGUAUACAAAUCGCCACGAAAGGAGGCUAUUAUGCGAUACAAACAAAAUCAUGACAACACUUUUAAUCAACUAUUCGACAUUAAGGAAAACUUGAAAUCAAAAGAAAAUGAUGAUAAACAGUUCCAAUCACAGCAAGCUACUGGUAGCAAUCAAGUGAAUAGCAAUUACGGCAAUGGUAAUCACAAUAUAUCCUUAGAUUUGGAUGAAAAAGUCACCUUGUUUAAAUACAAAUCGCUGAAGAUUUUGGAAUUGGUUAACCAAAACAAUGUUAAUGGCUCCUUGCUAGCACAUGGGAUAUUUGAGAUUUUCCAGCUACAUCAAGGCGAUGUGACUUAUUUAUCCUGUGGUAAUAACUUCAUUUAUCCGUUAUUGCCCAAGAUCAAGGUUUUCCGAAUAAAUUCAAAUCAAUUCUUGCUACCAUUGGUCAAUCCAGAACGAUACUGGAAAAUUUUCAUAAACAGUGAGGAAUUGAAUGUCAUCAAUAAUCUAAUCAACGUCUUCCAAAGGAAUGUUCAAUUUAUAAGUUUACAUGAAUCAGAGAAUAAGAAUACUUUGCAAUCUUCUCUGCAAUAUGAGUUUUCGGAUAAUAUUAACACGAAACCAAAGGAGUUAGAAUCCCCUCCGAGAAAUAUUUAUAUCUCUAAUGAGAUACCUGAUUCUCCUCCUUCUGCUCCUAUAUCUCCAAGUCACAUUCAAACUACCUUCCAUCUAUCUCCACAGGCUAGAGUCACGUCUCAGCAACAUCAACAACAUCAUGUUCAGGCAUUCCCUGGCGCACUCUCACAACCACAUCUUUAUAAAAAAGAGUCAGUGCAAUCUUUGAACACCAAUAUUGCAUGUCUAGAUAUAAACUCAAAAUUGUCGCUACACCAACCCAAACCCAAAAAACCUUUAUCGCUGAACCAGACUUAUAACUUUCGUCAAAACCAGAAUCACAGUCACAGUCACAGUCACAGUCACAGUCACAAUCACGGCCACAAUUAUGAAAAAAAGUAUCCUGCUAUUGAUGAGAAGUCUGAAUCGUCGAUGGAUUCUUUGCUAGAUGAGUAUGAAGAGAAUAUUCACAAAUCAAUGACCAUUGGCCUGCGUCCACAAUCAAGACAGCCAUCUAUCGUAUCUGCGCAUCAUCAACGCUUACCAGUCUCUCAUUAUAAUCGAAGCCAUUAUAAUAAUCAAGGAAAUUUCCAUGAUGAUGGAAUAGCACAAUAUUAUCCUGCCGAAAGCCGGGCUCAACAAUUUCCUCAAAGUAAUAAUGGCCAUAAUAGGAGCCGGAGAUCUUCAAAGAGCGAUUUAUAUAUUAAUGAAAGUGGUUGGAUGGAGCCCAAUUUGAGUAACCAAACCCACACCCACACCCACUCAUAUAAUAAUAAUAAUUACAGGAAGAUCCCUAAAUCUCGUUCUACCUACAGUAUCAACAGUGCUACAACUGAUCUAUAUCAAAUAUAUAAGAAUAUUCCGUUAAGAAAUAAUGAAAUUGACAGGCGGGACGAAGAUUCAAAGUCAACAAAGUCGAUGUCCAGGUUGCCCUCGGCAAGAACUUUGUCUAUUUACCAGUCUGAUAUGAAUAGGCGAAGACAAAGUGCUUAUUUUGCAUCAACUGCAAAAAAUAAUCCUAAAUUGAAUAGUGAUGUUAAGUUGAACUCGCAAGAGAUUUAUCGGAUGUUGAGUUCCAAGCCUGAUAAGCCAGUUUUGAAAAACCCCACGAAUGGUAGUGCAGUGAGAAACAGUGGAUUUGCAGCUAGGUUAUUUGGUUGGUAA